CGCUACUUAUAGCCAAACGCGCGCCGCCCGCUUAUCAGUCCGUGGUCGACGUCGCACCAGAGCACAGGCGAGCCACUCUGACGUUGCCGCUCUCGCAGCCCCGCGUAACACGACUUAUCGCUCGCACGUCACCUGAAACCCCGAACGCAGUUCCUCUACAGGUGCCAGAGCAGACCACUGAUUCGCCAGCAAGAUGGCCGCUUCUCUCGGCAGUGAAAGUCAGCCAAUCACAGUUGCUCCCACCACGGCGGCGGCCAACCUGCUGUCCCUGGCUGGUGAUGCGCUAUGCCUCGCUGUGACCGCGCUGCGGCUCAGAGACCAGCAGCCGCCACAGGUGUCUUUAUCAGAAGUCGCCUGCCAUGACUGCCCUGAUGACUGCUGGAUCAUCAUCAAUGACCGCGUCUAUGACAUCACCGACUUCCUCUCCAAGCACCCUGGUGGUGAGGAGAUUCUGCUGGAGUACGCAGGCCGUGACGCCAGCCUCGCCUUCCAGGGCAUCGGCCACGGGCCGGACAUGGUGGCCGUGCUGGAGCCCAACCUAGUGGGCGUGUUGCCGCCCAGUGAGCGUCUCUUCGACGCCAACGGUCGCAUCCGCCCUGUCGAGCUGUAAGCGGGGCGCCUCCAGCGAGACAGCAGACAGCAGACAGCAGACAGCAGACAGCACGUCCCCUUCCGCGCCUCCGGGCGCCACAUCUCACAGGCUCGCGGCUCCGGCCGGCCCAUCCUGGGCCAACCCGCCGUGACGUCACAGGGAGGAGGAAGACUGGCUCACGCCUCACCACCACAACCCCCGUCUGCGUGCUACGCGCCACAGACGCCCACCACUGCAGCGUAGCUGGGACUGAAAACUCGCCGUCAGUGUCACAACAGAAAUCCUACAUCCGUUGGCUGGUCUCCCACAGAGUUUGCCAACGGUCACUACUCCCAGCUCGUCCAUUCAAUUACUUCCUUCAGGGUCCACACCGCUCCAUGCUUGGGUGUCAUCCGGUAGAUGUCAAAGACUGCAAUCCUAAGCAUGAGCUGCCAUUUCCUACAUGCAGAGAUCUACUUCCUCAAGGCAAGAAGACACUCUCUGCUUCGUUCACCAGUGGUAAAACCCUACUACGGUUAGCUGGCAUACUGCCAACUUCUGAGGCUUAAUAUGGUGACAUCCUCACCCAGCUAGCACCGGAAGAGAAAGGCCAACUCCCUCUACCGACAACGAAAAUGUCGUCGUGAGAUAAUUCCGUUACAGACUUUGAUGCACCAGCAGUCUUCUUCGUUAAUGGGUACUGGUUGUCAAUAGGGUGUUCCUAGUUUGUGGGGGUGGAUUCCUUCAAAUAUCAUGUAGUAAAGCUACAGAUCAGAUCCACAUUCCUGAAUCCUUAUUUGAUUUUUUACUAUUUAUUUGCCUAAUCUAUCCUGUGUUUGUAUUAUGAAGCUCCAUUGAUGCUCACUUCGCUAGUAUUAUUUCUUCUGUAAGUGAACUGUAUUGUCAUUGUAUUACGUAAGUGUAGCACUGAGCGAUCACGCCAGUAUUAUCAUAGUAUUUACGUGUGUUCAUACCACGUGUGUGUGUGUGUGUGUGUGUGUGUGUGUGUGUGUGUGUGUGUGUUUGUCUGCCCUAGAGGUAGCAAAAUAUGAAUUUUAUACGUUUGUGCUCGACCAUUCGUCAUCAGUUUUCAAUAAAAUGUGCUCUUUCAGUAAUUGUAA